AUGCUCUGGUACGAGGGGUCCUCGGGCUCAUCCUUGCCCCGCUGCGAGGGUCCGCAGGGGUUUGGCAGGGAGGAGCUGGCACGGGAGCACCAGUCCUUCGGGGUGACCCAGCCCCUCGCCGGAGGGUUUCACCCAGGGGGUUGCAGCCUCGUGCCCCUCUUGCUGCCCAAGGGUGUUCAGGAGCUGCAGCUGGAGAGGGAGAUGGCCCUGGCCGCCAACCGGAGCUUGGCCGAGCAGAACCUGAAGUUUCAGGCGCCGCUGGAAACGGGGCGCGCCGACCUCUCGAACAAAUACGAAGAGCUGCAGAAGCUGGCUGAGCGCUGUAAAGAGCAAAAGGCGAAGCUGGAGAAAUUUGCUGCAGCAAUGCAUCCUCAGACCUUGCUGGAUCUCCUGCAGGUGGAAAGCCAGAAAAUUGAAGAGGAGUCUGAGAAAAUGGCCGAGAAGUUCCUGGAGGGCGAGGUGCCCCUGGAGACGUUCCUCGAGCGGUUUGCCGUGAUGAGGAAGUUGUCCCACUUGCGCCGGGUCCGAGUUGAGAAGCUGCAGGAGAUCCUGAGGAAGUCGGAAGCGUCGCAGGAACCCG